AUGUCCACCGCUAAUGUAUUAAAAUACUCAGCCUUAGGCUUAGGUUUAUUUGUAGGUAUUAAGAAUGAUCUCAUUUUGAAGAAGGAUGCUACUAAAAAAGCUAAGGAACAUGAACGUCAAGCUCAACUAGAUUUAAUAGAAAAAGCUAAAAGAGAAUAUGCAUCUUUACAUAAUAAGACUAAAAAGAACAAAUCUGUAAAUGUCGAUACAACAAAUAUUAACUGGGAAGAUCCUAAAUUGGAUUAUGGAUCUGUAAUUAUGAAGUUUGUCGAUGCUCAAAAAGAAUAA